AUGGGAUUCUCUGAAAAUAGGAAAUCGAUUUCUAUUACAUAUGGAGCACCUGAUGAAACAACACCUGUGGUAUGCAGAGAUGGUGUAACCGGAGGCACACAAUCAGGAAGUGCUGGAUGCGGGUCCUUCACUUUAGGCUCCGAUGAAAAAAUUAUCAAAGUUAUUGGCCGAUAUGGCACCGCGGUUGAUGCAUUACAAUUCGUUACUAAUAAAGGCAGAACAAUUCCUGAUCUCAAAUGUGGCGGUACUGGUGGUGGCGACUUUAUCGAAAAAAAAGAUGGUUAUUAUCUGUCGUAUAUAAGUGGUACAACAGCAGAGCGUUUAUAUUCGAUACAGUUCUAUUGGGCUCCAUUUCCAGGUAAGAUACACAAUUAAAUAAUACAUGUAUUGUAGUACUUCGUGAAAGAAAAGUAGAGGGUGUGGGUACUGAUUAUUUGGAUAUGUAAUCACACUCUCUUAGUGUGUGUGUGGAUUAUUGAACAUUUCAUUGGUACCCACACCCACAUCCUGAUUAUGCAAUAAACUCUUCCUAUGAAACCGUAGGAUAUUCUACAUUUGAACGUAGAAUAAAAAAAUCUAUGUCCGUAACUUGAAAGAUAAUAAAGCCUUAUGCAACAAUCAUAACCUCUUUUAAUAUUUAGAUAUCCUUGACUUCAUAUAUUCUAAGAGGGGUUAUAACAUAAGAAUAAACCCCGUUAAGGACUUAUGGCAACUUGUGCUUAGGAGGGUGUGAGUGUGGAUGUGGGUGUUGAUUAUUUGGACAAGUUUCCACACUCUCAGCCACAAGUUCAGGAAGAGAUAUAAGAUUAAAACAACAUUAUAAUGACCUCUCUUAAUGGUAAUCAAUAUAAAGAUUUUCUAAGAAUAAGACAAUCACUUUAAGUUUUAUUUCCUCAAAAGAAUAGAAUACAUAGAGAUGCGUAAUAGUUAGAUAAGGUCUAAAACUAGAGAAGUUAUGUCUUUUUUCUCUCGAAUCUGAAUAAGGUCAGCUAAGAUAUUCAUAUACGGUAUAUUCAUGGAUGACCCUAUAAAAUACUAUGAUUCAAUCUGUCCUUACAUGGUUACACUAAAAAAUGUUUUCUUGUUGGUUUCAGUGAAUAAUAACACCCUAAAGGACGGAGAUGAAACAGAUGUCGAUUGUGGUGGAUCAUCCGGCAACAAAUGUGCUGUCGGCAAAACAUGUAAAGUUAA